UUUUAAACAAUUACAUGCAUGUUUUUAAACUGCUCCAGACACUAUUCGUGCAUAUUGUCAUAAAUAUGGCGAAUGAUCGAACGGUCGGUUACAUAUGUAAUAGCUGCAUUUUUAUUCAUGUGUUUGUGUUUGAAAGAGAUAAACACAGAGGGAGGAGGGUUGAUGCAUGUUUGUUUAAGCAGGAACCACAUGACCAUCUUGCUCGUAAUGUGUUGUGUUUCUCUAAUGGCAGUCAGCCAUCUCAUCUCAGCUCAACUACCUGGCAAAUUAAGGAUUAAUCAUUCCGUACAGUCUUAACUGAAGCUUUCCACGAGAUCUGACGGACGUUAUAAGCGCCAGCAAUGCCAGAGCCAGCAGAAAUGAAUGGGGCUGACAUAGGAAAGAUGCCAGGUGAUGGAGUUCCAGGUAGUGAGGGAAAGGACCCAGUAGCCAAUGGGCAUGCAGAGAAUGAGUCAAACCCCUUUGCAGAAUACAUGUGGAUGGAGAACGAGGAGGAAUACAAUCGGCAGGUGGAGGAUGAAUUGCUUGAGCAAGAGUUUUUGGAGCGCUGUUUCCAAGAGAUGUUGGAUGAGGAGGAUCAGGAUUGGUUCAUUCCAGAGAGGGACCUCCCCUCAGUCGGACAGAUUCAGCAACAGCUCAAUGGAUUUUCUGUCAACAAUGGCAAUGCAGAGGAAAUCUUGCGAAAGAGCAUCUUAAACCCUGAAGCCAAGGAGUUUGUGCCGGGGAUGAAAUACUAGGGAUCAUCAUUGUCCUCCUCACGUCUGUCACACAUCUGAUCAUAUAUGCAGAGACUGUUGUGCCCAUGUUUAGAAUGGUCACAUAAAUGCGCUCUUCUACACAUUUUCAAAGGAGCAGGAAUUUUUUUUUGGAUGGGAGGGAGGUGGGAUUGAUUAUCUAUAGCUUUAUAUUUCUGUUAUGUAUAAACCA